GACUUACCAGAGUUGAAAUAUAAGCACAUGUACAUGUGUGAUUUCUUCUUCGGAUACGACCCUAUCAAGAAUCAAUACAAAGUAAUCUUCCUACCAAGAGGCACCUGGGAUGGGUGUUGUCAAGUUUUCACAUUGGGAGAUCCGACAGCUAAGCAGUGGAGGAACAUCCAACACAAUAUUAGACCUCACCAGACGUUGUUAGGUGUGGUUUGUAUCAACGGGACUAUCUAUUACCGAGAAGGGACUCGCAAUCCUCCUUUUCUUGUAGAUAUUAAAUUGAUGAGUUUUGAUGUUAGGUUGGAGAAAUUUGAUCAUGUCGAGGCUCCAAAAGUAUUGAUGCAUUUGCAUCGCGAUUCGACUUUGAUCAACUACAAAGAGAAGUUAGGACUCAUCUCUUGUGAGAGGGCAGUUGAAAUAUGGGUUAUGGAAACACAAGGAUGGUCCAAAUUUUUCUUAUGUGAGAUGGAGGAUUUUCAUAGUUGGAGCAUCGCGGGUACUACUCGUGGUGGUGAGAUCGUUCUUGUCAAGUCAGUGUACUGGUCGUACGACAAGUUACGUGUCUAUUAUUAUGAUUUAAAGGGAAACAGUAUGCGAUAUGUUGAACUCGAAAACUGUUAUACGGAGGAUGGAAACCGUAAGGGAUACGCUUCUACAAUCUGGACUGGCCCGGAUCAUGUCGAGAACACUAUGGGUUUGCAUUAGACUAGAGUUAAGAAUUUUCCAAUACAACUUGUGGUUUUCA